UUUAUAUUUAUCAUUGCAACAUUGUUAUCAAUAGAAUCCACUUAAUAUCGAUAUCGGUAUCGCUUUUAUUAUUUAUUAACAGCAAAAACGUAUAAGUCACGUGAAAAAAAAACAUAAUAAAAGGAAGGAUAAAAAAGGAAAAAAAUAAAAGAAAAAAGAAAAGAAAAGAAAAAAAGCCAAGAUCAGAAGUGCAAAUAUUUUCAUUAAAAAUGCGUAAUUCAAAUUGAACAUUAUGUAUAAAUAUUUCCAUCGCGAACUUUGUAAUCUUUAUCUUAUCGAGUGCUCAAUGUUUAAUAUUCUUCAGUAUAUAUUUGAAUUCUCUCGGGAACGCAUGAAAAGUGUUUUAUAAUCAUCUUACGUUAUAUCGAAAAAGAAAUAUAUACAUAUAUUGAGAAAUUUAUAUAAAAUAUAUUUUUUGUAUCGUUAUUACCUAUAUAAACGUACUUGCAUAUAAAUAUAUAUAUAUAUAUAUACAUAUACAUACAUAUAUAUAUAUAUAUAUAUUCGAAUCAUGAGUAACAGUGAUUUAUGGUUGAGAGACACUGCGACAUUCUAUGGGAAAAUAAUCAUAAUCAUUUUUAUAUUAAUAUUAAUGAUCGUUCGAAAUUGGAUGAAAUUAUGCGAGAUCGUUUACGAAUCAUAUCUCGUUGGUUUCGAAUUGGAAUUUGCCGAGCUUGCGUUCCCUUACAAAAAGGAAUUAUUUAAAAUACUUGAAACAAUGGUAUCGAACGACGAAUUAUUAAAAUCUAUGGGAUGCAUUAGAUUGCUCGAAAUAGGCGUUAAAACAGGCGAUAAUAUUCAAUUUUAUCCAAACAAUACUCACUUUAUCGGUGUUGAUUGGAACGUAAGGUUAGCCGAAUAUCUUAAUGAUAAAAAUCGUACCUUGGAAUUUGGGCAUAUUAACGUCGAACGUCUUAUAAUUGGCGAUGGUAGUAAUUUAAAACAAAUAAAAAGUGGAACGGUCGAUGUAGUCGUAUCGAUUAGAUCUUUCUGUUCGAUAAAAUCACCGUUAAACACGUUCGAUGAAAUCAAAAGGAUACUUGCACCGAAUGGAAAAUAUAUUUUUAUGGAGCAUGUUCCCGAAAAAAAAGGUUAUAUCGUGCGUUGGCUUCAAAUAUUGUUAACGCGAUCUGGUUUGUGGCCCUCGUUGUUUGGAAAUUGUCGUUUGAAUUUCGACUUUAUGAAAGAAAUCAAAGGCGCAGGUUUCAAACGCAUUAAAUCAAAAUCGAUUGCGUUAAACGGACGGCCAGUUUCUCAGAUUUUCCAUUUGAAAUUAACCGGUCGGCAUGUAUUAGGAGUAGCAAUAAGAUAAGUAAGAGACAAAGUCUAUUUUUACUUUUUUCUUUUGUUUUUUCUUUUUUCUUUUUUUUUUUUUUUGUUUUUUGUUUUGUUUUGUUUUGUUUCUUUUUUCUUUAUCUCUUUUUUUUUUUUUCCCCUUCAAU